UAGUGCUACUAGCUUUCUCAAGGACGUUGUCACUAUGCAGUCGCACGUGCAAUUCACUUGGGUCGUAUUUCUGUCAUAAUUCGAAAACUUACAUAUGGAUGACGAUGAACUUACUCAAGAGAUUUUGGACCAGUUCGAUCUCAUUUGUACACAACAUCAAUAUGAUCAUGUGUCAGCAUACAGUGGGGAACAUUUAAAUAAACACAGUGUACAUUCAAACAAGCUAUCUAAUUGCUUAUCUCGGUCAACUUCGUUAGAUACAAAGUUGGGAGGGUGCACGCAGACAUCUGACUUCCCACCUAAUGAUCAAACUCCAACUGUUGGACGAAAUGAACUUGAACGGCUAAAAAAAGAAGUAUCUGUUCUACGUGAAGAGCUUUAUAUGAAACUAGGUGAACUUGCUACCAUUAAAGAAUCUGCCAGUCGAACAAAAGCAACCGAUUCUGAUACUAUCAGUAAAUUAGAAUCACAUCUUAAAUCUGAACGAAAUGAUUUCCAACGUAAACUAAGUGAAUUAAAUGCUCAAAUAGCCUUUCGUGAAGCUGACUAUCGAUUAGUAUGCAGUGAACUAGCUCGUAUAAAAGAAGAAGUUGCAUCUAAUAAACAAGUGGUGAACGGUGAGUAUUAAAGAUUCAAUUGCAACUAAUAAAUAAUUAAUUGUUUCCUUGGUACUUUAUUUUUUCAUCUUAUCUUUCAGACCAGUAGAAAAUUAUUGAUCAGUCAGUUAUAAGCAAUGUAGAACCUGACAUAUUUAUGUAUACGCUAUAGUUGGCACACCAUUUCACUGCAGCCAGAUGAAUUUUUGAGACAUAUGCCGGAGUAGUAAUACUAGCAACAGUACCAGUUGUUAUAAAAAUGAUUGUUCAUAGACAGUACGAUUUAGAAGGAAGAAUCAAACUCUCAGGAUAAGAGCUAUAAGGUAAUUUUAAAACUCAAAGGCUAAGGGGGAGAUAAGAAAACGUUCUGUUGAAUAUUCUCCUGCUUCACAAAUUCUUGUCUCCCUAACUUCCCCAAAUCCUGAUCAUGUUUCUAACCAAAAAUUACGAACACCUGUCCCUCGUGUUCCAAGCACAGAUUUUCACCUUCCUGCACCAGUUACUCCUAUUCCUAGUAAACGGUAUAAAGUCCCAGUCGGUGGUCGAAUGUGGGAUGUUAAUGUCACGAACAAUUUAGAUGAUAAACUAAAGUCAAAUACAACACCACAAGCUAUUGAUAAAAAUGUAGUCUUGAUAGAUAGUGAUGAAAUUACACCGUCAAAUGCAUCGAGGAAACGACAACGAUGUAUUGUGUCACCUGAUACUUCUCCAGAAUACUGUGUGCGCCAAAUUCCUGUAUCUUUAGCUGAUGCAUCUGUUGAAACUACAGACCUACUACAUAUUACCUCUCAUAGUCAUCCCUUGUCUUAUCGAAUUCCAUCCUGUGCUUUUUCAACCACUGAGCCUUUCAGUGAAUUUACUAAAGGAAAUCCUGAAAUGUUAUCAGAAUUAUUAGAUUUGUCUAUUUCAAUUCCUCAGAAUGAAAAGAGCAGGAGUAGCAUCGAUAUUAAUCCCCAAACAACAUUGGUCACAUCAUCUUUUUCAAUUUCAGAAGAUUCCACUUGGUUGUUGUCAGAUUAUUAUCUCACAGGGUUAAGUAAAUUACUUCCACGACAGUCAGAUAUUCUUAGUGGAAUCCAGUCAUCAUCUGACAACUAUGUAUCACGACUAAAUUUAGUGGUUAAACGAUUCUCAGAAUCUGUACCCUACUUAAUACGAAGAAUAGAAGAGCAGUUAAAAGCAUGUAUUCGUGUACUUUUGGAUCCUUAUAAUCGAUAUGUAAGGAAAUCAAUUCAAUCGUGUCAUUAUUCAGACUUCCAAAAAGUCGAGACUGAAGACAUGGAGAUAGCAGAAAAAGAGAAUGAACAACCAUCAUCUAUGGAUGUUUCUGAUGAUGCUACCUCACAUGAAAUAUCUUAUUUAGGAGAAGAUCCUUUUGCUGGUGCACCUGCAUCACAAAUUGUCACAUCUCUAACAUAUCCUUCCCAAAUGAAAUCCAUUUCAAAACAAGUGGGAGGAAAUUCUAUCUUAAUGAAAAGAAACAAAUCAUGUCCCUCAGAUGUUGGCUACUGGUCGUCGACUAAUCCUAUUAUUGGUGAUAAUAAAAUAAUUGAUAAUAAUAGCGCUGAUAAAACUACUAGCUGCCCUUCACUUUAUCAUGAAAUUAUGAUUAGUCGAAGUAUACAAGGAAUUAAUCAAUUAAAGUACUUGGCUACAAUUAUUAAUUCUUAUUGUCCUAUUUCAUUUGAAAUGUUUAAUGGAAUGAACACUGAUUUUACUAUGGAUAAUGUUGAACUCCUAUGCAUUGCUAAAGAAUUUCAAAAUCUUAUUCGAACAAUUUCUGGUGUUUUAUCCCGUUUCAUUAAUAAACUUAUAGAUGUCUUUUUGUAAGUCCAGUCUUUCUGUUAUUGUUUUGUGUUUAACAAUAAAAAACAACUUAAUGACUUAUUAUGAGAGAACUCAUUAAAUCAUGCUUUUGGAUACGAAACAAAAUUCAUGAAGUUUUGGCUCAGUGGUUAGGAUUCUCAUCUUUUCUCCACUAAGUUCGAGGUUUGAAUUCUCCUCUACGUACUUGAUUUUGGGCAACCGGUUAGUAUCACUUGCCCUCACAUUUUGAAUGUGGCCCGUGACUUCAAGUAAUUAGUGAUUGGGUUAGUGAAUCAAAGUUAAAGAAGUGAAAAAAAUAUUCAUAGAAUAAAAUUUGAGCACGAAAAUAAAUGAUUCGGGAUUAUGGUCACCUAGUUCUGUAGUAGAUUUUACCUUUGAGCAUUAAUUCAGAGGUAACAUAUUGUGAAUAUUCUCUGUAUGAAACUGAAAAUUUUUAAAUAGAAUCUAUGACAUUUCAACUUGGGGUUCUAUCGGUUGAUUAGUGUGGAGACCGAAAACAAUAGUGUAUGUUUAUAAUUUUACUUAGCUAAAUGGGGCUAAAUAUAUCGGUCUUACUAGGAGCUUGCCUGUAAAAUGUACACCUUGGCUAGCUAAAAAUAAGAGAAGAUUCGUUCACAUCUUCGUCAUUGAUCUUCAUAUACUUGACAUGAUAGGCACUGCAUUCGAGUUGGAAGAAAGUUAGGGGCGGCCAAACCAAAACGUGGCAUCAGUGCUUGAAGUCACUAACUUCUAAUCUGAGCCAUGUUGGUAGAUGCAGACUACUUGGUUGGGGUUCGCGUGACUAUCGUAACUAAUGGUUAGAGACUGUGUGUGACAUGGCUCAGAAUCGAUCACAAUGGCGUUGAUGUAUGCACUCUCUGUCUUCCCUUAAACUAAGAGAUUAAAGUCACUUCAUAUCUUUCUUUCUACGAACUAAUUCUUUCUUCCUGUACUAUAUACUUAUAUGCAAUCUUUCUUUUAUAUAUUACCACCUCUGAAUUAACUGCUUUUAUGAAUCCGGUGUUCAUCUUGUUGUGUUAAUGAGGUAUGGCAACUUGGACCGAUGCAUAUAUGUGCCUGGUCCUACGUUAUAGCUGACUGACUGACUGCAUCCGAGUCUCAGUUUGAAUAUCAACACUAGGAUGUAGGUAGAUUUUUUUGGAAUAUGAAAAAAGCGCAUCAUUGAUUCCAGUGUUAAUCAGAAUCCAUAUGUACUAGAAAUUGUAAUCAAAAGGUUAUAUUGAAGCGAUUCGCUUCGAAUUUAUGUAUAUCAUUUAGAGUCCUGAAUAUGAACAACGGAAAAUUUCAAUACCUUAUUAAGACUUUCAAUAUUUUAUAUUACCAAAAAAUGUUAACAGCUAGUCAUAUUUUCACUUUGCUUGUUGUUUGUUGUUCUUGUUAUAUUUUCUCUUCUCUCAUUCAUUAUCUUGUUCAAGUCAAAUAGAAGAAGGAAAAAAUCCAAUUUCAUCAUUAUCAACAACAUUAAUACAAAAUGAAUUAAUUGGUGACAAUACUACAAAUGUUGCGUGUUCAAUUGAUCAGUCAUCUUUUAAACAAUCUCAGUAUACUACUUCUAAACGAAAAAAUUACAUUUCAUCAUUUUGUAUUAUUGUACCUUUAAUUAUCGAAUGUUUAAACUUAGCCUCUGUAUUUGCAGUUUUUAUUAAAACUGAUACAAAUCCAUUGAAAAACAAGGUUUCCAAUACAGAUAUGAAUGGAACAAACUUUUCUGAACUGAACACAUGUUUUCCUCAACUUUUGAAUUGUAUUAUCCUAACAUCGGAGGCUUGUUUUGGUCAAGAUGAUGAAUCAACUGAUGUUAUUGCGACCACAAAAAAUCACUGUGGAUCUUCUUUACAUACUGGUAUAACAAAUAUUAUCAAGAAUCGUCCUGUUGUAACCUUAAAGCCAUUGAUCAGUUUCCUUCGCCUAUGGAGACAAAUGAUAGCUCAGAAGCAUUGGCCUGGUGGACAUUGUUGUGACCAGUGGUGGGAUUUAGACGAUCAAAAUUUUAAUUCAAUAAUCUUGAAAGAUGUCCGUCAACAAUACAUUGAAAAAUUAUUCGGUACAUCUAUAAAAUGUGGUCUACUUUCAUUAUGUUCAUGGAUUUAUCAACUUUUGAAUCAAUUUAAUGAUUCUACACUUUUAUCAAAUUCAUUAAUUUAUAACAAUAUUGAGUUUUAUCAUUCAGCAGAAAUGCAAAGAAUUAAUUUAUUGAAUGAAUUUUCUGGAAUGAUUGCUGUGCUUACUCAACGUGAAGAUAUAAUUUGGCCUGAUAAUUGUUACUGUAAACGUCAGUAAUAUUGGUUAUGGAAAGAAAUCGUAUAGCUUUAACGUUUUGCGAUAUGGGUGUAGUGAAAUUUGGUAAAUAUCAAUUGAAAUCAGGUAUAAUCUCUCCAAUCUAUGUUGAUUUACGAAUUCUUAUUUCUUCACCUAAAUUUAUGGAUGAAAUUGCACAAUCACUUAUUGCUUUGUUGCCAAAUAAUGGAAUUGAUCUUAUAUGUGGUGUGCCAUAUGCCGCCUUACCAAUAGCAGCGUGUCUUUCUGUUCGUAAAAAUAUUCCAAUGGUAAUGUGUCGAAAAGAGGCAAAAUCUUAUGGAACUAAACAAAUGAUUGAAGGUAUAUGGAAGAAUGGACAAAACUGUGUAAUCAUUGAAGAUGUUGUCACUUCUGGUAGUAGUGUUUCUUCAGUGGCUCAGCUUCUUCGGCAGUCUGGUAUAUACACUGAACAUGCAAUUAUCAUAAUUGAUCGUGAACAAGGAGGACCUGCUUAUUUAAAAAAUCAUAAUAUUAAAAUUGCCAGGUACUUUAUAGUGUUUUUUCUUCGUGUAACCGUUUUUUUUAUUUGGUGAAGUUGGUCCCUGUUACUUGAGUAUGAUUCCAGCUGUAAUAAAUAAAAUCGAUUGGAUUUUUGUUUGAUCAUGAUACUAGGAUGUAUUCAGCUUAGAUUUGGAACUCCAGUCAUUGUGAAUAAAAUAUUCCAAUUACUUCAUGAAGUUGGUAGGUUAAGCGUUCGCGCGCGAGACUGGAGGCCCUGGGUUCGAAUCCCGCGAGCGGGAUCAUGGAUGCGCACUUCUGAGGAGUCCCACAAUAGGACGAAACGGCCGUCCAGUGCUUCCAGGUUUCCAAAGGUGGUCUAACAUCAAUCAGUUCAUGAUCUCAAUCAAAAACUUAAUAAUCUCCACAGCCCCUAUACCAGUGAGCAAUGUUUAUCUAGUUUAGGAAAUUCGAUUGCUAGACGUAUUAAUAAGUCUGUGUUGAUAAAUUUAUUUAAUUGAUUUCAUUUACUCAAGUAUUCAAAUAAUCAGCUGAUAUUUUUAGGUUUCAUAAAUUAAAUGUAGGUUGUAAAUGUUAAUAAGUUGUAAUGAGCUUAUAUUUUCCUAUGAGUUUACUAUUAACAACCAACUCACUAAUUAAGUACAGAUUCAUGCACUCAAAUUUCGAGUCACAUUUAUUGUGUGAGCAUUAGUGUGAUAGUCAUCAAACUAUUUGAUCAACCUUUUUGACUGAACACUUAAAUCGGUUUCCUAAGCUCUUCUAAUAACCCCAGGCUAAAUCUACAUGACAACUUGAACACGAGAGAAAAGACGAGAAAUAUGGAAAGAACGCUUUACUUCAAGGUUCGUUUAUGUACAGAAAAUUGAGGGUAUUUAUGGCAUUCCAGAUGGCCUCGGUCUUCUGGGACGCUACUAAAAUAGUAGCAGAAUAUUUGAUCAUCUAAUCGGAAAUGUGACACUUGACUCUUCACUUUCUAAAUGUUUCUGAGGAACUUCUAUUCAACGUUGAUUGGAUAAAAUGUUUCCCAGCAUUUCCAUGUUCGCUCUGGGCUUUUUUCGAGGAAUAUUCUGGGUCUCCCCAACAUUAUUAAAACCAAAUCAUUUUAACUUGGGAUUUAACCUGCUGUCUUGUUAGGAUUCAAACGUUUCAGCUAUUCCGUCACCGUUCUAUUUGUUAGCUAUGGUAAUUAAAACCAGAUCAAGUUGAGAUAUAUGAUGAUUUAUGCAAACAGUUGGAGUUGAAGAUUCAACCUUAAAGUGGUUCAGUAGAAUAUUGGAAUGAAGUUAGUUUUAAUUCAAGAACGAGUUAUCUUGGAAUCACUUUGGUUGUAAAGAUCAUUCAUUAUAUUAUCAUGAAUUAACAAGUACAUUUGGUAUUCUUUUUUCUCUGGACAAUUCUACUUUUUUCGGUUUGUAUUUUGGCCUUAUUCAUCAAUCGAAUUUAUUUAUCAUGUAUACAAAUGAUUCCUAUUUAAGCCUCCUGUCUUUUUUUGGUGUCAUUUUGUUUGUUUCACGAGUAUUGUUGAUAUACAUCGCUUUGUAUUCAUAUUGUAUAUCAUUGACAUCAUAGGUAUAAUGUUACAUUUCUCGUUGUAUGUCCGCUAUUUGUAUUGAUGGUUUGUUAUUCAAACUCUUCGCAAAUAACAGUGGAAACAAUCUAAUUAUUCGUCUCGUUGUAUGCUGAGUAUAGAAGCUUCUUAUUAUGUCUGUAUUGUUUACUUUACUGUAGUUGUUUAGUUAAGUGAAUGGUUCUUGUUGACUAAUUUGGGUUUUUAUUGUACUUUUGAUAAUGUAGGAAUUGUGUUAAGUGAUCCCACUUUGACUAAUGUUAAGAGUGACGAAUUCCCGAAUUUAGGUUUUGGUGAAUUAUCCAUUAGUGUGCAGCUGAAGGUGCGGUGGCAAAACCAAAAUGUGGCAUCAGUCUCUGAAGUCAUUGAUUAUUGCUCUGAUCCAUGUUGAUAAGCCCAAACUCCCCUAGUUGGAUUACUCACAAUUAUCGUAACCAAUGACUAAAGGCUCAGAAUAGUCUUCAAUGGCCCGAACGCAUUGUGCUUUUAUCUUCUCAUAGAUCUUGAAUUUCAAAAUGAUCCUAUACUUUUCUAUUCCAUAAAUUCUUUCUCUCUUCUCGAAUCACUACCAUUGUCCAACUUUCGUCCAAUGAGUUUCACUGAUCCCAAGCACCUCCAGGUUGUAUCUCCUCAUUUCUGCAGCGAUUUGGAAGACUCUCCUGGCCUCCCACAUUGUACGAGUAUUCCAUGUACCUAAAUAAAUGGUUGCUCUAGUUGUCAGAAGGGGAAUAGGCCUCAUGACUUCCGAAGGAACUCGGCUUUCAUCAUGAGGCGUCAUAACUCUUCUAAAUGAAGACCUUUUGACUCCCAGGGCAGAGUUUAAAAGGUUUGAAUAAUUUUUUCUGGUUAGCGUUUUUUUAGCGAGUUAGUUUUCUACGGGAUGGGGUCGCUAACCUCAUGCCCUACCCUCCUCUUUAAUCCGGGCUUGGGACCGGCAGUAGCCCCCGGAGGGACUCCAUUGUACACGCUAAUUCAAUUGCCACAUAUUUGUUUAAAUUUCAAUCUAUGUACACAUUUGUUGAUUUUCGUCAUAAGCUUAUUCACAUAUAUAUAAAUGUAUUUUUCUUAUAUUCUAGUUUAUUCACGUUAACUGAAUUGUUAGAGAUUUUACAUCAAGAAAAUCGUAUUACUAAAGAACAGUUUGAUGAAACUACUUUAUUUAUUCAUAGUUCACCAGCACCUAAGGUAACAUGAUGAUUUACACUGAAAAUAUUUUAAAAAAAUGUAUUUUCUUAGAAAUUUACUAGACAUUAGUAACUAAUUCGUGGUAAAGUACAACUUGUAUUCAUGAAGAAUACUGAAUAUUACAUAUUGUCUGUCAUACUUUAAGGGCAGAAUGACCAAUUGUUGCUUAACUGAAGUUGAUUCCUGAUGUAAACUACAUAUAUAUUGAAUUGUCUCGAUAGACCCUUUAUUUCGUUAACUUUAUUAUUUGGUAGUAAGUUUAUAAAAAAGUUAAGGACGGACAAAGUGAAAUGUAACAUCAACCCAUGAAGUUAUUGACUCUUGGUCUGAGCUAUGUAGGUAGUUGCACACCAUCUGUUUGGGGUCCACAUAAUAACUGUAAUCAGUGGUUGAUAGUCUUAAGUGAUUACAGCUCAGGAUCGUUCACCAUAGCGCAGACGUACUUACCUUUUUUUCAAUCCUGCUCUGGAUCUUGAAUUCCAGUAUUCCUUUGUGUCACUUUGUAUCCCGUUUUCUUGAACAAUGUUCUCAAUGUUUAACCUUUCUCAUUGUUAUUGCUAUUAUAUUAUUUCAAUUCUUUUCUUAUUUAUCUUGUUAAUUUCAUCCCAGUGUACUAUUGUAGUUCAAUGCACACUUGUCUUAGACCAUAUGUCGAUGGUUACCAACUGGACUGCCUUCAUGUCUUCAUUUAUAAAAGUGUAUAGCUCAAGAAAUGUUACUUCAUAUUGUUUUUUAUCUUAGAUAUGUAGGAUAUUAACCAAUAACCUUCACAAUUCCUUCGUUACCGCUAGUUUGUCAAUGACAUUUCUCAUUUACAUCUCUUUUGUUAGAUCCCAUCUGAAUUGAAAUUUACAUGUUCUCAAUUGGAUCGAUUAAAUCAGAUUAUCCAAUCAAAACAAUCACGUUUAUGCGUAGCUAUGGAUAUUUUAGAUCCAACUAAAUUACUUCAAUUAACCGAUGAAAUAGGACUAGAAGUUUGUGCUAUCAAAUUACAUUUAGAUAUUUUACUAUCUAACACAAAUCCUGAAAUGAUUAUCCAAGGUCUAUGUAAUCUGUCUGUGAAACAUGGAUUUUUAAUUAUCGAGGAUAGGAAAUUGGCUGAUAUUGGUCAAACAGUAUACAAUCAAUUAUUGCAUGGUGUUUAUAGAAUUGCUGAAUGGUGUGAUAUGGUUACAGUACAUUGUUUACCUGGUCCCGGUGUAUUUGAUGCCUUUCGUAAAGUAAAUCAAAAAUUACUAGAAAAUGGAAAACAUCAUCAAAUAGCAGCAUUAGUAGUGGCUGAAAUGAGUUGUCAAGUAAGUGAGAGAAUAAUAAAAGUUAUUAUUAUAAAUCAGUUCACCAGGUACACUUAGAUUCGAACCAUACUCUAAUUAUAAAUAAAAAUAAUAUAUUUGUAAUAUCCCAAUGAGUAGAAAAUUGGAUUUUCUGACGUUUCGUGACUUAGUGUAAGUCACUUCUUCAGAGAAUAAAUCUCUAAUUGUAAGGACUAAUGAUAUUAACCGAUUGCCCAAACCAACGUAGGUGGAGCAAGGUUAUAUUGUAGUAUUUAGUGGGUGAAAGUCGAAUGUCCUAACUAUUAAACCACAGCUCCAAGUACGAUAACUAAACAAUGUCCAUUUCCUUUUUUCUGUUUUUUUCUUCAUUGGUUCGCCUGUUUGAGGUAUUUUAUUUUAUUUGACCGCAUAAACAUUGGUACAAGGAGGCGUUAAAUACAUAUGCGCCACACAAUAAUAAUGAAACCAGUAGCAGUUAACAUUGCUUGGAGUGAAGGAUGUGAUACUUUUUGGGUGCCCAAAUCAAAGCAAUUGGUUUCCUUAAGGGCCACACCCGGAUCCUUUGACCUAAAGGUCUGGUUCACAAGACAGUGGAGCAACUUUAGAUGCAACCCCAUGGUAUCUGGUGACCAAAAAUUGGAUCAUACACCGUAUGUUCCUUCAGGAUUCUGGAGUCCAUGUGCGCGAUUGGUUUGGAAUAAGGGUUUUCAAAUUCCCCUUUAUGGUUCCUCCAUAUCCACCGAACCAGUUAAAGCUCCGGACAUUCGCUUUUCGUCCUCUCAAUCUCAUAAACAACACCCGUGUUGCGAGAAGGCAGUGAAUAGGACUUCCAUGGGAGUGGCUGUAUACGCGUGGUCAUGUGUGGACAUUUAGAGAGGGAGAACGGACUCUCCUCACUGUCAGCUGUAUCAGGGAGUUUGGGGGCUAAAUGGAGGUUUGUUGGCAGAGGGGAUUCGAACCCCAGGACCUUCGAUCUCGUUCACGAAUGCCCAAAAUCUGGACCACUAAGCCGUCAUCCGACCUUAUUUCCGUCCGGUGCACCAAGCUAAAUGAUUUAAUUCCACAACUGUAGUUUUGUCGUUCUAGACAAUAACUAGUAGCUUCGUGUAGAAGUGAUCGAUCAGUUCAUAUCGAUGAGGCUUGUUUAUGAUCGUUUAUCUUCAUAGUCUUUGUUAUUUGUAUUUGUUCUUGGAUUCCUGUUGACUGUAUCAUGUGGUAAACGUCUAUGAGAGUGAUUAAACUUCCUUAUAUGAGUUGAUAGAUUAGAUCUAAAACUGUGAAACAUUCUCGAUGAGUACAAUAUACUUCUUUAAUUGACACAGUGUCUCAAUAACCUUGGCUUAGCAUUCCUCAUUUUUUAUAUUAUGUCUACACGAUUCUCCUAUAUUGGUUGUAAACCCAAUAAUUAAUUCAGUUUUCUAGCUCCCAGUUUCAUUUUUUUUCGUAUCCGUUCUUUUUUUGUGUGUUACACUAUUCGACUUAAGAUAGCGGAGAUUUUUAGCUCAGGUCGAUGAUUUUGGUAGAGUUUCGUUCUUGGAGCUGGAUGCUUUAACAUCAGUCAAACUUAUCAGCAAGAACGAAUUUAAAUACGGAAAAUAACAAACCUAUCACCCCCCCAUAUAUAAAGAAUAUACCAGAAAUUACAUUGAGGCCGUUUGGAUUAGAUGUAGCACGUAAACAAAAAAUCCUUCCAAUCAAUCCUAUGCAAACCGAAGGACGAAAUGACAAGAGAAAAGAGGCCAGGUACGAUUUACAUAACAAAUUGUCCCGACUGAGAGAAACAACAUGUGACAAAGUAGCUACACUCUUCAUCUUCGUCUAUAUGAACAUCAUCUAGCUGUCCAACUCCAUGCUGUAUUUUCACUCAUAUCAAUGCAUGUGGACAGUUGAGGACUUAAGUUCAACUGGAAAGAUGCAGACAGCGAUAGGUUACAGGUCAACAACAACUAGCCAAGCUCAAGUUUGGUAAGGUAAGCUGUUAGAUAUAUGUUGCUCAGAAGAACAAUGAAGGUUUUAUGAUUAAACUAUCCAGCUCAAAGAACGAAACUCCACCGAAACUAUACUAAUAGCUUAUGUUAUUCCCAAUUAUUUCAGAACAUCUCUCCAUUGUAAUCCAUCGAUAUUUCUAAGCAUUUACAUGUUAUUUCUAUCGUUCCGUGUAUUUUAUUGUUGAAAUUGUACUUUCCUAUCAUUCUUAUUAGCUCACUUUCAGUAUGUGUGUCACUUAUUGAAACUCGAUUCGAAUUAACUUCCCUAUUAGAUGUAGCCUAAAUUGAUAAUUUUUUUGGCAAAUUAUAGUUGUAUUUAUAACUCUUGUAGAAGUUGUCAGACUAACACGAACAGUUAGGCAUCGAUCUUGACUACAUGGAUGAUUUCUUUACUCACAAUACCCGACACACACACACACACACUUGUAUCUCAUCACGUUAUCUUGAAACACCACAAUACUUGUGUCCGGUUUUCUUUACCAUAUACUUUUCUAUGUGUUUCACAUUCAACCACUCAAUAAUGAAGGAGGUCCUCGAAGACUUCCUGUCAAUUAAUAACUUAGGUGAUCACAUCAUAACUGAAUCGAUAUGAUUCGGUCAUCAUUAAGUAGUGAACGACAACGUUUCAUUUACUUAUCACUUCUCUCUGACUGAAUAAUGCAGGUGUUAAUUUUUCUUUUCUUUUAUAUAUAUACGUAUGGAUUUACAGGGAGCUUUGACAACUGAUUCGUAUAAGGAUCAGUGCACUAGUUUGAUCAAAAUGAAUACUGAUAUCAUUGGCGGUUUUGUAGCCCAACACCCUAUAUCAGGAUUCAAUAUUUGUUCGUCAAAUAUUUCCUAUUGGGUACCAGGUGUAAAACUUAUUAAUUCCAAUGAUGAUCUAGGCCAAAAUUACAAUACACCUGAACAAGUAAAGAAACGUUUUACAACGACAUCCUCAUCAUCUAUUGUAAUGAUUGUUGGCAGAGGAAUAACUGAAUCAGAGAAUAUUCGUCAAGAAGCUGUGAAUUAUCGUUUAGCAUCCAUUCAAUAAAUUCAAUGGGUUUAUACAUUUAUGUAUAAUAAGUUAAAUGACUUCUCUUUUGAAUCAUUUAUGUGAUUAUACAAUAUGAGUUUUGGUUAUUUUUCUAAAUUAAAAUACACAAAUUUCCAAACA